ACCAAACAUAUUUUUGGAGUAUGUCAAUGGUGGAAAAGAAAUAGAAAUUGAAAUGAACCAUUACAUAAAACAACUAAAAGAUAAAAGAGUCAAGGCUGACAAAACAAUAAUUUAUGUCAGGUCCAUUGCCCAAUGUGGUGCAGUGUAUGCUGCUUUGUGUAAUGUAGUCGGGAGCGAUAACUUUGUGCAGGGAAAGAGAUUAAUUGAAAUGUUUCAUGCAGGAUUAGUUGAUGAAGACAAAGAGAGAAUCGUGAAAGAAUUUGUGAAGGUUGAUAGUGUCAUAAGAUGUGUGAUAGCAACUGUGGCAUUUGGUAUGGGUGUGGAUGUUAGUGAUGUGAGAUGUGUGAUUCAUUGGGGUGUGUGUACGAGUGUGUUAGAGUAUUGGCAAGAGGUUGGGAGAGCUGGGAGAGAUGGAGUUUUCUAG